UUUCAUUUUCGGGAGCACCAACAGUUAUUGAGAAGUGGAAGUGGCUGGGGUUGUUCAGAGAGAUGCAUGUGUUUUCUUCCCUGAGACCCACAGCAGAGAGGAGACCCUCAAAGUGGUCGAUAUAACAGCAGACAGACAACGGAGGAGAGUGGGGGGGCAGCAUUCAGAGAUAAAGGAUACACACGUCAGGACAAACUUGGAGAAGAAAGUGGAGAGGACCAGGAGCAUGCACCAUGAGUAACGACAGCAUCGGAGUGGGGGGGAUGCAGCCCCUCUGGAACUACAAUGGUUCAUCGGUCAUCCCAUCCUCUGACCUGUUCUCCAACACCUCCUGCAACACCUCCUCCAAUGAUUCCACCUUCUGCUCUCCUGUGGAUGAAGGACAGGGGGCAGGAAGUCCAUAUAAGGCUCUGGAGAUGUUCUUCAUCGCCUUAGUUACAGGAUCUCUGAGCUUUGUGACUGUAACAGGAAAUAUAUUAGUCAUGCUUUCCAUCAAAGUAAACCGCCACCUACAAACUGUCAACAACUAUUUCCUAUUCUCAUUAGCAUGCGCUGACCUGAUCAUAGGGGCUUUCAGCAUGAAUCUGUACACAGUCUACAUCAUCGUGGGCUACUGGCCGCUGGGCCCGGUGGUCUGUGACUUAUGGCUAGCUUUAGAUUAUGUUGUCUCCAACGCCUCCGUGAUGAAUUUAUUGAUCAUCAGCUUCGAUCGCUAUUUUUGCGUGACCAAACCCCUCAGUUACCCAUCAAGAAGGACGACCAAGAUGGCGGGGCUGAUGAUCGCAGCGGCGUGGAUCCUGUCCUUCAUCCUGUGGGCACCUGCCAUCUUGUUCUGGCAGUUCAUCGUUGGACAGCGAACAGUGCCCCCUGGAGAGUGUUACAUUCAGUUCCUUUCAAACCCUGCGGCGACGUUUGGUACGGCCAUAGCAGCUUUCUAUCUUCCUGUCAUCAUAAUGACGGUCCUGUACAUCCACAUUUCCCUUGCCUCCAGGAGCAGGGUCUCCAAACACAAGCCAGAGAAAAAAGAGAAGAAGGGAAUAAAAACUCCCAGCCUGCUGAAGAGUCACCUGUUGAAGCAGAACAACAACAACGAGACCAGUCCUCAGGCCAGCCCCCGUUCCACCCCCAAACUCAAUCUGGACUCCACCACCACAGCACUGGAGGCGGUGAAGAACGGCAGGACGGAGGAACCCAAACCUGCUCAGCCACUGCCUGAAGCUCAGCCCAGCCCGGGCCUCACCCAGGUAUUGACCCAGGAGGAAAAGGAGAGCUCCAACGACUCUUCCACAGCUUUCAUUCCCCCCACAAAGCCAAAGGACAGCACCAAGAACGAGGUCAUAUCUGAGGAUGCAAGCAAUCCAGACCCAGUUGCCACGACAACCACCAAUGUUGAAUUGGCCAAGGCCGGAGCCAGCUCGAGAUGGUCCAAGAUAAAGAUCGUAACGAAGAAGGCGGGGGACGAGUGCAUCACAGCUCUGGAGAUCUGCCCUCCUGUAGAGGGCACAGAGAGGCGUUCAAUCCCCAUCAGCCGUCCCAGGACUGUGGCCAGGAAGUUUGCAAGCAUUGCCAGAAGCCAAGUGAAGAGGAAACGACAGAUGGAAGCCAGGGAAAAGAAGGUGACCAAGACUAUCUUUGCCAUCCUGCUGGCCUUCAUCAUCACGUGGACGCCGUAUAACGUCAUGGUGCUGAUCUCCACCUUCUGCCAGUCCUGUGUCCCUGACACCGUGUGGGUUAUCGGCUACUGGCUGUGCUACGUCAACUCCACCAUCAACCCGGCAUGUUACGCUCUGUGCAACGCCACGUUCAAAAAGACCUUCAAGAACCUGCUGCUGUGCCAGUAUAAAAACAUAGGUACAAGAUGAGAGGGGAGCAGAGGUCUGAGGAUGGGGGAUGGGGUCAGGAAAUAUUGUUCAGAGGUGAGUGGAAGGAGGGGGUGUGGUUCAUUCUGAAACAAAAAUCAGAGCAACAUUUGAGUGUAAACCUUCAGGUGGACGUCAUCACCACGCUUCUAACAUGAGAUACAUUUCCAUUAUACACUGCAGGAAUUCAGGAAUAUCUUUAUUGAAAAUGUGUCACAGACAAUGCUACACCAACUUGUUAACCCUAGUUAUCAAAUGUGCGAUAAAGUCAUUCGGCAACACAUAAUUGUAACUAAAACAUGAUAUAUAUUUGUUAUAUUACGCCAUGACAUAUAGCCAUGCUGUAUGCAUAGACCAUCAUACAGUUGUGAGGGGACACAAAAGAAGGUCAGAAACCCCCCCACCACCCUCACAAUGACAUGUUGGUGGUCACUGUCAUAUCAAUGGACAAAAUCGAUAGCCCCAAAUAAUAUUCCAUGGAACUGAAGUAAGGUGACAGAGGAGAGGAGGGAUGACUGGGAGGGGGGGGGGGAUGAAUGAAGACAAGGUGGGGGAGAACAGUUAGUUGAGGAGAGAGGAGAACGUAGCAGCAGAGGGGAAAUGGAAGGAUUUUAUGUAGCAUACACUGUGGCAGCCAUGUUGGAAGUCUUUAGCUCAUGAGCAACAAUAGCAGCCAAUCGUAAAUAAGCUAUUUGUAAUUUGAUUUCAUGCUGUAAUUCAUUAGAUUGCGUAUCGGUGUUGUCAUCAGCAGGUUAGCUUUCGGUUGCGUCGUUGUAGCCCCCUUUUUGCGAUAGGAAGACGACAUAUUCCAAUGAGACCAUCGGGGGUAGGCAAGGAAGAAAAGUUUAAUUUGAAUUAGUUUAAUACAGUUCAGGACAGGGACGUGCACAGGUACGGGCUAAUGUUGCCCAGGCAACAGCCCGUUUGCCAUUUUUGUCUGACCUGCCCCUCUGGAGAGAGCGAGAGUUUGUUUUUGUUUUUUCUAUUGUGGCCGAAUCAACAUGAUAAGCCCACAAUUAGUAUUGUAGCGUCUCACUGCGGGAAACACACCUUGCCAGCGCUGUCAUCUGUCCCCAGUCACGUGACUUUGUUUACAAUCUGACAGCUGGAAGCAAAGGAAAGCCCUCCGGCCUCAUAUGGCUAUGGUGAUCACACCAAAGGCCUGCCUGGCGUUAGAGUAUAGGGGACAAACCAGGGGACUUAAAAAAAACACCUAAAUAUACCUAUUAUUGUGAUUCUGUCUUUCUGUGUCUUUUACUCUGUAAACUCCCUCAACGGGGCCGCUCGCUCUCUUUUCUUGAUCGCCCUCUCACAUACGGGAGAACACUUCACUGUCCUGCUUCAUUGUAGGAUUUCUGCCAUUUCUCUACUUCAGUUUGACCAUCUCUGUUAUUAAGUGAUGGAAUACUAAAUAAAUAAGUAAUUAGAUACCUUACCGUUACUGCGCUCAUAAAGAAUGAUAAGAAUAAGAAUAAUGCGUAUUGAACUGGUUUAAUUAAUUAGUGAUUUUAUUUAAGGAAAUUAGUUAGAAGCCCUAUUUUAUCAGUAGCCUAUGUCUGCACAGCAGUUACAAUGGUCAAACUACAUUAAAACAGGAUUGUCCCCAUUUUUUCUUUGAUAGUUACUAACAUUAGAUAUUUUAAUGAGAUAUGGACCCCACAACAAACAAUGUGCCUGAAUAACGAAUUUAGCAGUGGACAUAAAAGUCAACUGAGUGCCACUUGCAAUGACAGUGUUGUGUUUUUAUUUUACAUUAAAAACAAGUUAGAAUUUUCAAAAGGUCUUAUGUUUUUUUUCAGGGGGGGGGGGGGCUUUUUCCAGUUUAGAGCAAUAGCCCCUCCAAAUGUCUGUGCACGUCCCUGGUUCAGGAGGUAGUUACUUAAUUCAAAUAAAUCUGAUUCUGGCGAGGAGCUCGAAAAAUGCAACCUCACAUGGCUGCUCUCAAACCAGAAGUGGCUAUUUUAAACAUAAAGCUUUAAUAUAAAUGCCUCUCAAUAUUCAAGAGAUGUGAUUUUCAUUAGUUGCCUGUAGUUUUUAGCUAAAAGUUAUUUUUUAAAGUGUAAAUGAUUAUAAUAAAACAAGAUAAAAGGUUAUUUACUUGAAAAACUAAACUACCAACUAACCCUCUGCAACACAUCAUCAAACACAUUAUCUUUGACUUCAUUCAUAACGGUUCAGAUACAGGGUUAUUGUGUGUGCCAUUUUUAUUCCUCUAAUGUUUGCACACAUGACAAGUUAAAUACAGGGAACACAGCUGCAGCUCGAUGCUCUCUAACUAUAGUACACAUUCUGGUUUAUCAGGGGUUAAACUCAAAGCACAAAGUGUUUCAAAAACACCUCCCCGGGGGUGUGUUGAUUUUAAUUUUGGUUGACAUACGAGAUUAGUUCAAAAGUUAUAUUGGCGUUUUGAGGCAGAGUGAGAGGAAACAUGAAUGAAAUGCUCGCUGAUAAUGAACUGGUGAAGAAUCAUGCAGCUGUCUGUGUUGCUGUUCUAUUUGGGUCAGCUCCAUUGUGCUUUUUUUAUUUAUUUAUUUCCAUCAGAUUCCAUAAACCCUUUUAAAUUCAGAUCUGUAAAGGCCUGUACUGUAUCAUGAUAUUUAGUACAGUAUUAAAUGAGGGCAGGUUCAUCGAUCACAGUCACUCAGCUGAGACAAUCCAUUAUUCAACAGUUUGAUCGGGUGAGUCAAACUGCUGUCCUUUGAUAUCUUAGCAUUAGUUAUUUAAUCAUUUGAUGAGGUAAUACCAUGUCAGAACAAGGUUUAAGUUAGGUCAGACAUCAGGCCCUUUUUAAAUGCAGCUGAUCUGAGAAGUGAAACGUCUCCUAAACGAAGUCCUCCGUGGCAGGGUGUGUGUCUUCUUAUAAUGUGACUGUCACAAACUUGACAGGACCUUGUCAAUCACCUAUUGCCCACACUCAAGAAAAAAGAUUAGGAAAGGAAGAUCAUGACAUCCUGUUCCUCCACAGGAAGCAAAACAUCACAUUUCUCACAAUAUGGACGCUCACAAAGUCUUCAAUGUGAGAGACUAGUACAGUAAGGACUACGAGGUGCAGUUGAGCAUAAUUCUCUUCUUCAAAGCCUCUUACAAUAAGUGCAAAAACCAUAGGGAUUCAAACUCUGAACAACAAGGAAAGUGCAGAUAUAUUCACUUCAAGCAAGUCCUACCUUUGUAGGUGCUGGUGAAUUAGUUAAAAAGCCUAAAUUCAGUGCUUUUGUUUCAAGAAUUGUAUUGACAAGGUACAAUUGAAACAGCUGGAUGUUCAGUUUGUGAGGAAAGAUAAGCAGAGUUGUAUGACCAACACUGGCUCUGUGGACAUGUUGGACAAUAGGCUUAGUCUGGUCUCAAAACUCCAAUAUAAUUAUAUGUUUUCCACAUUUUCUCCGUCUUUCUUUUUGGAUUGGCCUUACAGUAUCUCCAGUUCCUCUCUCUGGACUGCAGGUGCUUUAUUGUGUGUUUUCAGAGAGGCUGCUCUGCUGUCAGUUUGAUGUCAGUUCCCAUUGAGUUCCCCAUUCAUGUAGUCACAUUUCUGUUCAGCCUAUCCACAUUCAAACAGCAUGAGGUGAUGUUUGCGAAGACGUUUGCUGUAUCACAACAUGCUUUAUUACCCAACACUGAAAUGAUCACUUGGAACAGGGCUAUGAUUUGGAAUAUAAUUGCAUGACUGUCACAACCCAUGAAUUCCAAAGAGACAUGAAGUGAGAACAUUUCCUUUAACAGUCUGCUCGUGUUCUCAGUGAGAGACACUGGAGGAACAUUUCAGGAGCGUUUCUAAAUCAUGUGUUCCUUUUCUCUUUCAGUUUGUAAUGAUCCUUUAUGAUCCUUUCUCCUCUCAAUUAUUUUUAAUCUGACAUUCCCUCUUGGUGUAUCUAUUUAUUUAGCUGAGUUAUGCUAUGCACAUUCGCUAAAAUAUAUUGGAAAAAUACAUUUAAGGAUAAAAUACAACAAGGUAUUGUGCUGGAAUUCUAACAUUUCAUUGUCAAACACAUUUCCAGAUAAUAAAGUAAGAUUUAUUCUAGCUGUCAGGGUCGUGAUGAAACUGUUAGCACAUCCUAUUGCAGCAUGUGUGUGUGUGUUCAUCCAUUGUUCACCUGGGUGGAAACUGUUACACUCCUCUAUAUCAUCUGCAGCCCCUCACAUUUCCUUUUUAUUAACACUUUUUUAUGAUUUAAGUUGUAUGACUCUAUAAUACAUAACAGAGUUAGUGACAGUAUUUUUGAAAAUGCUCUUUGUCGUUUUCUCACAAUGAGAAUAAAGAGUGUAUUGAGAUUCUAACAAAGACAACUUGAGAAUGGCUGCUCGGUGUAACAUGAAAAUCAGGAUUAGUGCAAAGAAGAGACAAAACAGAGGAGUGUGAGGGAGGAAGUGUACACAGACAAACAUCAGCAACACUCAAGAUUUGCAGAAUGAAUGGAUGAGACAGAGUUUAGGAAAAUCUGAAUUACUGACUGAGAGGCUUGACUGGGCUGCAACAUAAAAUUGUUCUAAACAUUAACAAAACCUGUUUAAAUCAAAUCAUUUUACUCUGGGGUACUACUGAUAACCUUUAUCUAAUAUGCAGUGCCUUUCAGACAAAAACCCUUCAAAAUGAACACGAUGUUUCGUAUUAAUGAUAUUAAUAACAUUUUUUAUUAGAGCGCUUUUGCAGGUGCUCAAAGCGCUUUACAAUGACACAUUACACAUAUUAGACAUGUAAGAGUCAUUACCCACAGGAGCAAAUUCGGGUGAAGUGUCUUGCCCAAGGACACAUCGGCCUGACGCAGUGGCGGAUUUCGAACUGAAGUUCGCCACCGCCCCUUGAUCUGAUGAUCAACGCUCUAACCCACUGCGCCAAAAUCACCUUUACAAAGAGCCAUUAACACAGUGGUGAACUUAUAAUGUAUUUUAGAUAUAUCUCCACAUAUUAAAACCACUUUAUGAUGUUUUUGUAAAAAAAAAAAGUAAAAAAUCGAACUUUAACAAACUACAUAGUAGUUUAGUCGACACUUGUUAGCAACCAUAAGACAGGUAAAAGCUUCAGAUAUUCCACAGUGGGGUAUUUAAUUACGUAUUUUAUGUUGUAGAGUAGAACAAAAAAUCUCUUCAGCUUUUGUUAACCACAGACCUUAUUUCAGACUUCUAUCCAAAUUCAAAAUGCCAUUGACUUUGAGACAAGUGAACAGGAAGUGGUCAUCUUAGAUAAAUAUCACUGAUUAUUAGCCACCAAUAAAGUCAGGUGUGUAAGGGUUAGGGGAAGAUGAUAGGAACCUUCAUCACCAGGGUUAAAGAAGAGUUGUCUGCUUAUGGUUCAGGAAUUAUUAUUGUCAUGGUAAUUCUGGUUGUGUAGGGUCUGGCCAGCGAGUGUGUCACAUGUCAUCCCCUCUUCUCUCCGACCUCAUUUCCUGUCAGUGGUUUGCUCCAUUCAGAACAGUUUUAACAUGAGGUUAUUUCUGGUGUAGGUUAGAUUGUCAGUGGAGGACAGAGCAUAGAUGUGUAAUGGAGCAGUGAGAUGGAUCACGGGGGGGGGGGGAGGCUAUGGGCAAACAGCAGCUCUGACAGGUCUGAUGGCCUCAAAUUACAAGGGAACACAUUUGGUCCCACAUCCAAAAAACAAUCUCCAACUCUACAUCAAGUCCAUCACACAUCUCCAACUGGAGUUGUUGCUCAGUUCUGGUUGAGGAACCUGUUGAAUUUCCCCCUUGUACAAUCAGUGUCAUUUUCAAAUAGGUUUUGUAGAACCUCAGCUACAAUGGUGUAAGCUUUGGCCAAAGGUUGAAUAAUUACUCAAAUGACUAGUUUUAUCUGAUGAUUUGAUCUUAUCAGAUUUCACACAGAAUGUAUUUCCUGAUGAAACAGAACAUAGUGAACAGAUGUAGUUUGUGUAUAAUAUUUCCACAUGAACACCAAACUGAAGCAAUUGUCUAGAGAGAGACAUUCAUUUUGCUAAACAACUGGAAAAUAUGUGUCUUUUGGUGGUUUACUGUAAAACGCUGACCACAUGUACAGUAUAAUUCAAAGGGUUGUACAUUGUAAUAUGUUUAAAAUACCCCAUUCUAUGUUGACAUCUGUAAAUACAUCACAUAUGCACAUAUGGAUCAUUCCAAAGAGGGGAGACAUCUUGUGUUCUUUCAGACUUGAUCAAACAUAUGUACCUCCCACUGUACAGAGCAUGAGCGUUAUAGUGAUAUAAAGACAUUGUGAAUUGUAGUCUUAUAUUUUGUCAGAGUAUUGCUAUUAUAUCUUUAGCCAAAUGGCAUCAGUUAAGUGAAAAGAAAACAUUUUUACUAUAUGGAAGAGCAACUGAUUGAUCAUUUUUAUAUCAAGAGUAUGUCCCUGCAUUAAAAUGAAAAGCUGUAUGUAAUAUAUUGAGAGCUGGAAAUCUGUAAUAUAAAUGUCAUGUUAUAUUUCCUCUAUGUUAAUAUCAAUCUGUGUAUGUAUUGUAUCAUUUUUAAAAAUGAAUCUUUUCCUCACCAGAGCUGGGUUCUCAGCGGCACACAUGGGACAGAAUGACUCUUUAAAGGGUAAAUCAACUCCAUUGGAAUUAAGUGUUGGAAUUUGGGGAGUACACAGAAGUAAUAUCAAACAUUUCCGCCCCUAAACUCACAAGAAAGAUUCUUAGUCAGCACAAAUCGUUUUUUUUCCUCACUCAAACUGAUCUUUCUAUUACCAAAGCACAGAUAAACAAACUCAAAGGGGCCCUAAUAUACUCUUUGUGGUUCUCCCUCUCCUGUAGCGUUCUAUAGGUGUUAGUGCAUGUAAAUGGUCUGCAGAGGCUACAAUCCCCCCAGAGCGAGUUUCUCUCCCCCACACUCAAACAUGUAAGUACAGUACACAGUAAUCUGUUAUUUAUUAUAUUUAAUGAAGUUAAAAGAACACAGUUGAUUUACCCUUUAAAAUCAUAGUCAUAAUAUUCUGGUCCUGAGUUUAAAAAAAACCCUCUGGUGAUUUUAUUCUGUAUAAUAAUUGAUGGCUGUUUGUACUUUCUCUUAUACUUUUUCAUGUACAUUUCAAUAGACGCAUCAUUUUCAUGGAGCAUCGCCUGGCACACUUCUCAGCUAGUAUUACUUUUUAAACAAACAUGUAUUAAAGAUAUAUUAGAACUUGGGUUGAUACCAAACAAUCAUGCUAAUAAACACCUGCUGUUGAAAA